AUGGUCGACUUUGAACAUAAGACUGGUGGUCAUGGGAAACCGGAGAUCACUAUAAAUACCGAUUUCAGUGAGGUGGGAGCAACGCUUCCUCUGAAAACAAAACAAGCAACUACUCCAAUUGUCGAACAUCUUCUCUCUCCCAUGAAAUCGAUAAUGUCAGAUGACGUUCUUGAUGGUAGGGAAGCGGAAAAGGUCAAAGCUUCUGCCGUUCAGAGGGAAAACUAUUUACAAACCCCUCUACAACACUCUAGUGGUGGGUUGUUUAGUAAGUGUUUCAGUUUUUAUAGAACUAUGUUUACGGAUGUUGAUUCACACUGUGAGAAGUUGUACUAUUUAUUUGCCGUUGAAAUAUUUAUCAUCUUUGUCACUUAUACCCAUUAUUCGACUCUCGACAAAAGAAAUAAGUUUCUAACCCCAAUUGUCAUGGGUGGUGUCACUACGAUGAUAGGUGAAACUAUCAUCCAAAUAUAUAAAUGGAAUUUAAGGAGACAUACAUACAGAAAGAACCAAGGUAUAUAUUCAAAGAUGGGGAACGACGAAGAGAUGCAGAUUGAAUCAGAAUCGUCCUCAUUAUCAGCAAUAAAGCAAAAGAAGGGGAUGUCCGCAACAAAAAUGAAUAUGCACCAUCGGAAUUUAAGCAAUGUAAGCAACAUAGACCAGAUUGAAACGGAAAAGGAGCAAUUACCCCAAGAUUUGACGACUUUUUCUGAUUUGGAAAGUUUGGAGAAUUCAUUCAUUCCAGAACAUUGCAAGAUCCUUGCAUGGGGUAGCCUUAAUGGAUUACUAUCAAGCUACUGGAUUGAACUGGUGAUAAGCCUAUUUCCCGAUCAGCCAUUGUACUGUGUACUGAUGGAUCAAACCAUUGGGGUACUUAUCAACCAAACCUUAUAUUCUUUAUUUCUCUGUCUUUGGGAUGGUGAAAUGGAAGUUUGCAGCGGCUAUUCUCAUAAGGAGGAUUUAACUUGGGAAGUUUUCAUUGAAAAUUACGCUGUGAUGUUGUGGAAAUACAUGAAAUUAGCGUGGAUGGUAUGGCCCUUUAUUAGUUUCUUUAGCUUUAUGAUACUUCCUCAACAAUGGAUUUUCCCCUUGAACUGUGUGUGUACUACUCUUUUCACGUUGGUUUUAGCAGGAAGCAGAGGAUAG